AUGAUAGAAAAAAUACAAUUAUUAGGUGAAUCUCCUCAACCCCGUUUCGGUCAUACAAUGACCUAAAUAAAUCCAACAACAAUAAUCUUAUAUGGAGGUGCAACAGGUGAUACUGGCAAAUAUAAUAUAACAGGCGAUGUAUAUUAAUGCGAUUUAAAUUUCCGAUAAUGGAAAAGAUUAACUCCUUCAGGCGUUUCGCCAUAAAAUAGGGCUGCACAUUCAGCAACAUCAAUCGAAAAUAAUAAUAAAAUGGUCAUAUAUGGAGGAGCUACAGGAGGAGGAGGUAUGGCAGAUGAUAAUUUAUAUCUUUUAGAUUUUUCAUAAGAGAAAGAAACAUGGGUAAUAAUUCCUGUAUAUGGAACUACUCCAGGAAGAAGAUAUGGACAUACAAUUAGCUUUGUGAAACCUUAUUUGGUAGUUUUUGGAGGAAAUACAGGUUCGGAAUCUGUCAAUGAUUCUUGGGUUUUAAAUAUUGAAAAAGCGCCUUAUAAUUGGUAAAAAUUAGAAAUUUCAAGUGAAAAUCCUAUAAUGAGAGUUUAUCAUUCGGCAGGUGUUUGCUCCUCAGGGGCAGCAAAUGGAAUGAUGGUAAUUUUUGGAGGAAGAACUUAAGAUUAAUCGGCUUUAAAUGAUAGUUGGGGAUUAAGAAGACACAGGGACGGGAGAUGGGAUUGGGUAAAAGCUCCUUAUAGAAUUAAUGGAGAAUAACCUUUAUGUAGAUAUUAACAUAGUACGAUUUUUUAAGGUCCUUUAAUGUUUGUUAUAGGAGGAAGAAGUAAUUAAAUUAAUGAAAAUGUACCUUUGGAAAUAUAUGAUACUGAAAGUUCGGAUUGGUAUAAAUUUAAUUUUAUUUAAAGAUUUAGACAUUGUGUGUGGAUUUUGUAGUAGUAUUUAUUUAUUCAUGGAGGUUUUGACUCAUUAUAACCUAAUGUGCCGACUGAUUCUAAUAUUCUAAAAGUUGAUAUGAUAAAAUUAGUGGGAAAUUAUUAGAAUUUGACAAGGGUUAUUGGGAAAUUUGUAGAUAUUUAAAAUGGAGAGUAAAAAGAAUAAACGAAUAAUAAAUAAUAAUAAGUAGAUUUGUAUUAAAAAAAUUAGUAGAAAUAAAAUAAUAAUGAUGAUAAUAAAUAAUAGAAUUAAUAAGAAUUUUCAAAAAAUUAAAAUUAAAAAAUAAUAAGGCUUGCUUAAGAAGCAGUUAUAGGAGUAUCUUAUGAUCCGAAUUCAGAAUAAGAAAAUUAGACGAAAAAAGUUGCAAUUUAAAAAUUAUAAAAAUAAGGAAUAAAAUUAAAUUAGAAUUCUAGAUAUAUUGAAAAUUCUGAAAUUUCUAAUAAAAAAUUAUAUUAUGAAUCAAUCUUUUAAAUAUUUAUAGAUAACUUACAUUUACCUACUUAAUAUGAAAAUGCUACUUAAAAAGAUUAUUUAUCAUAUAUAAAGAAAGAAUAUAUUCAUAAACUAUGUGAUGAAGUUCAAAAAGUAUUCGAAAAAGAGCCUAUGUUAUUAAGACUAAGAGCUCCAAUUAAGAUUUUUGGAAAUUUAAACGGAUAAUAUGAAGAUUUAAUGAGGUUUUUUAACCAUUUUGGGUCUCCUUUUGAUAAUUAAAGUCCUGAAGAUGAUAUUGAUAAUAAUGAUUAUCUAUUUUUAGGAAAUUAUUUAGGUAGAGGUACUAUGUAAAUAGAGAUAAUUUUAUUAUUAUUUGCUUUAAAAUUGAAGUUUUAGGAUUAAUUUUUUAUGUUAAGGGGUAAUAUGGAAGAUAAGAAAAUAAAUAAAUGCACAGGAUUUGCAGAUGAGUGUAUUUUGAAAUUUUAGGAAGAUCCAAAUGACCCUUUUUCCAUUUUUUAGAAAAUAAAUAAAGUAUUUGAGUUUAUGCCUUUGGGAUGUAUUUUGGAAGAUAAUAUUUUUUGUGUACAUAGUGGAAUAGGAAACUCGAUAAAAAAUAUAGAAGAAAUUGAAUAAAUCCCACGUCCUUUGGAAAUCUUUUAAGAUCCUAAAACUUAUUAACAUAAAAUUGCAUUAGAUUUAUUAUGGAGUGACCCUGUUUUGGAUGAUUUUUAAUAAGAAAAUAUAUAAAAUGAUGUUCAUGAUGUUUUUGGUUUCUAAAACGUUAUUAGAUUUGGGAAUUAGAGGAUUCAAAACUUUUUAAAUGAUAAUAAUCUGGCUUUUAUUGUUAGAAGUAAUGAAUGUGUAUUAAAAGGAUAUUAAAAAUAAAGUAAUAAUAUUAUUACUAUUUUUUCAAAUACAAAUUAUGCGGGGGUUUAUUAAAAUAAUGCAAGUAUUCUUUAUGUAGGAAAACAAAGGAAAAUUUAACCUAAAGUUAUUUAAUGUAAUGUAAAUUUUAAUAGUUAAUAAAAUUGGUUUGAUUUAGAAUAAAUAGUUAUUUAGAAAAAUAAUCCUACGAAAAAUCUAGAUAUCGAUAAAGAUGAAAGUUUACUUAGAAAAAAAUAAGGGACUCCUCCAAGAGAUGCUGUUAUUAAAUAAUGAUUAUUCAUUUUUUUU